AUUACAUUCAAACUAAUAUUUUUAUUUGGAAGAUAAUGAUUUGACUUACUGCUAAUUCGACAAACAUGAAUGGUGGCGCUCGGAACUGUCAAAAGUUCUUUUACUUCCGCGCAACAUGCCGUUCAAGAGGUUUGUUGAAACUGGUCGUAUAGCCCUAAUCACCGAUGGUCCUUCCAAAGGAAAAUUGGUCUCAAUUAUUGAUGUCAUCGAUCAAACUCGGGUUCUGAUUGAUGGGCCGGAAACGGGAGUACGUCGUGGAGGAUUGCGAUUAAAUCAGUUACAAUUAACAAACUUCCGUAUCAAGUUUCCGUACACCGCUCCCACUUCAAUCGUCCGUAAGGCGUGGGCCAAAUACAAUGUAAAUGAGAGAUGGGCGAACUCUACUUGGGCCAAAAAACUUUUGGCAAAAGAAAAGAGGCAGACCCUUACCGACUUUGAUCGUUUUAAACUUGGCAAAGCGCGUAUAAUUAGGAACAAGAUGCGUACGCGUGUGUUCAACCGUAUGAAGAAUAUCGCUGCAGAAAACGGUACAUUGUAUGGCAAACAUAAAAUGUCCAAAAAGCAGAGAGAAAAAUAUUUGAAAAAGGGGGACGCCAAACCCAAAACCGAUAAGAAACAAGCCAAGCCUAAGAAGGCGGUUAAAGCAAAAUAAUUUGUAAUAUAAUCUUUUAUAUUUUAAAUAAAGACAAAACCUUAUGGCUUAA